UUGGGCACCAGGCGUGUCCAUAUAGCCUCUCCAAACAGAUAGAGAGAAGGGACGGAAAAUAAACGAUUCUCAUCAUACGCUUUGCUUUUGAUCGUAGUAUAUCCAUAGCUGUUGCUAAGGACCGCGCAUGUGUUAACUAGAAAUAAGCUAGAAUACAUUGUAGCCGACGUUGUUACAAUUGUAGCGUCUAGGCUAUUCAUUGUUUAUGACAAGGAUAUCAACUGUAGCCUAUCAACUUCAUGAUUCAAGAACUCUUGGAAAAUGCUACAAUCGCUAACUAACAAUUCGUGUGUGCGGUUGAUAGAAAGUCACAAAUCGACAUGGUAUUUUUUGUUUCUAGUCUUGGGCUAUAUUCUGUAUCUUAUAUUCGGAGCUGUUGUCUUUUCCUCUGUGGAACUGCCUUACGAAGACCUUCUACGCCAGGAACUCCGAACCAUCAAAAAACAAUUCCUCCAAGAUAACGAAUGUCUAUCGGAAGAACGCCUCGAGGAGUUUUUGGAGAAAGCGCUCGAGGCCAGUAACUAUGGAGUGUCCAUUCUCAACAACGCAUCGGCAAAUUGGAAUUGGGACUUCACCUCCUCGCUGUUUUUCGCCAGUACUGUAUUGUCUACCACAGGAUAUGGCCACACUGCUCCACUCUCCGAUGGAGGCAAAGCCUUCUGUAUCGUUUACUCUGUGAUCGGCAUCCCCUUCACCCUCCUCUUCCUCACCGCCGUGGUCCAACGCAUCAUGGUCUUCAGCACGCGCCGCCCAGUCAUGUACGUGUCGACCCGCUGGGGCCUGUCCAAGCCUGUCGUAGCCGUGGUCCACGCCACACUCCUCGCCAUCCUGGCUGCUUCCUGUUUCUUUCUCAUCCCGGCGGCCAUCUUCUCCUCCCUAGAGGAGAACUGGAACUUCCUGGAAAGCAUCUACUUCUGUUUUAUAUCACUAAGUACCAUUGGACUGGGAGAUUACGUACCAGGGGAGUCCUUCAACCAGAGGUUCAGACAGCUCUAUAAAGUCGGAAUCACUGUCUACCUCCUCCUGGGCCUGGUCGUGAUGCUGGUUGUCUUGGAGACCUUCUGUGAGCUGCAGCAGCUGAAGACACUGAGGAAGAUGUUCUAUCUGAAGAAGGAGAAACCACAGGACCGCCUGGCAAUACUAGAGCACGACCAUCUGUCCUUCACCUCCGUGUCCCACCAGACCAACUCCACCUCGCUCAGGGAGGACAAGACCAAGGAUGUACCCUUCGUUAGUGUCCCUGUGCUGGCCUCGCCUGGCGGGGAUGACCCCAUGAUCAACUAGGGAGGAGGAGGGGGGGGGAAACUAUGGUUGCAUCCCAAUUCUCUAUCCUUCUUCUGAAGUGUGCACUUGCACACUGCCUAUCAUGAAUUCUCUAGGCGAAACGCUCUAACGUUAGCUGAAACUCUCCCCAGUCGAUGCUUACACCAAUUCAAUGCUUUUCAAUGAGAAGGGUAGAGAAUCGGUAUGCAACCUAUGAAGGAGGGAGGGGGGUAUUUGUGAGUACAUUAUAGCUUCAGCAUAAGGAUGCAUUUUAAAAACCAAAAGCUCAACUUCAAACCAUUGUUAGUAAUGUUGAGAUUGAACAAUUGUAUUUUAGCCCUUUAUCAUCCAUGAGAAACUUAACUAUCACUCUCUUAAUGAUGCAAAACAAUGAGCAUAUUGUGCUAUACCGCACCAACAAGAUCUGUGUUCACUGACAUAGGAAAAACUUAACCAGCGUACAUAUCAGCUAUAUUAACUUAACGAUAAGGGAAAUACCUGCUAUACCUUCGUUCAUUGUCAGAAUCCUCGCUCAGAACAGCCAUGCUAUCUAUCAGCUGUUCUCAUGGAUGGACUAACAUUUUAAGCAAACACUGUAUCUAUAAUGCAUUAUGAACUUGCUCAGAGUGAGUUAUAAGGCAGUCAUAAUACAUAUAAGUACAGUUAUAAACAGAUAGAUUAUGGGCUUCAUAGAACAGACUUGACAAUAGCACAUUAGGGAAUAUUUAAUAGGACAUCCACCUGGGGAAAUGUAACUGUAUCACAUUGUGCCGUUAUAUGUGUCUGUAUACAUAGUACUUGACGUAGUUCUAAGGUAUAUUUUACAGGAGUUAAAUGGAACGCAUGUAUUCAGGUUAACUGUAUCAGGUAUACAACAGUAGCACAUUUCAUCGUUGUAAAUGCCAUGAAUAUUAAUUACAGUAAGACAUUUGUUUGAUGCUAGUUUAGGUAGUUAAAUGUUUAAUGUCUCGUGCUGUACUGUGUGUAUUUAUCAUGUUGAUUUGUCUAAAAGAAAGGGAUUUACUGUGCCUAAUAUGUGGUUUAGUGUAUGUUAAAGGGCGGUUAUAAAAUAUGUUUUUUUAAGGGGAACAAGAGAGAGGCAGAGCCCAAGCAGUGUACACUGCUAGAAUAAAUGCUGCUGUAUAGAACUAAAAAAGGUUAAGUUGCUCACCUCAUAAUAUAAUAAUAUGGCCCUCAACGAUUAUAUAUAGAACCACAAAGCACCUUUAUUUUUUUUGCAGUGUGUUUUCAUCAAUUAUUUGACCACAGCAGGUUACUGUACACCUUAUAUGAAACCACUCCGAAAUGGGAAAUGACUGAGUUGAACAUUUUGUACCAAAAAUGAUCGGUUCUGGAAAGUACGAAAGUAAUUUCCUGUACCUCAGAUUUAAAGCUGCAAUAUGUAACUUUUUUGGGCAACCAGACCAAAUUCACAUAGAAUUAAGAGUUAUAGUUCUGUC